AUGGGCCUUACGCCUAUACGUAUUCGAAGCAAGCGGAAAUUUCCAUCGAGAGACAACCCGUCUCCUCGGCAAACUAUCGCAUCUCUCCCUGACGACAAUAUCAGCCCCCCCAAGAGAAUGAAGCGCUCACUAUCAAAUGUCCUCGCCUCUCGAUCUACGCGUUGCAGGCCGGCUAUUCAGGCUCUUCCGGCCGAAAUCUUGGAGAGUAUAUUCCUUUACAGCGCCAAUGUUGCCCUCCCCCGGUCCGCGCCGCUCAUAGGAUCAAAGCUGUCUGGGCGGGCUACUCUCAUCAGGUUCAUCAUAUGGGCAUUCCAGGAUACUUGGGAACAAUCGUUCGGUGACCCUGAGAAGUUUGCUGCACUAGAUAAGAAUCGUGUAUCUGGCAAUUGGCAACUCCAGGCGCAGCAGACCUGGGUAGAAAAGUAUGCCAGAGACCAACAUUAUCGUCAUUAUCUUCCUCAGUUGGAUGAUGACGGUGAUCCCUUUAUUUAUGGACACGGCCAUGAUUUCGAAGGUGGCGUAGGGCACUUCAACUCACAGCAGUGUUUUGAAGCUGAUUAUCAGGAGGUUCUGUCCUGGAAACCUUUCGAAAGGGUUGGAUCAUGGGGUGGCUGUGAUAUUCACCCAAAGGUACGCAUUCCUACAUCCCUCAUCACCGGUCCAUGGGACGAAAAGAAUCUACGCCUCCUGUUCUGGCUCCGCAGGGGUGGGCUAGUUUAUGGCCUAGAAGAGCAUGAUAGAUCGUGGGAGAUUCAGCUGGACUGUCUUCGUAACGCAUUUAUCGACGCACCGGAGCCUAACGCCUUCAUCACAAAUUUGAUCGAUCUCACUGCACUGUGUCAGGGUCUACCGAGAGAUGUUGCCAGAGAGCAAAGAAGACGCAUUGAUCAACGGCUGAAAUGGGGUGCUGAUAGUGUCAUUUCGAAGGAGAUACUCCGACAGGUCUAUGGAACAAUAGGGAUUUUCCACGAUGGCUUUGGCACUUCAAGCUCCCCGAAAUAA